UAACUUCGAACAGAGCCAGGCCUUAUGGUCAGAUGAGACCAGCCUUCCCAAACCGCAGACUCAAACACAGCACUCAGAGAUCUGAGCUAUUCUAUAUUUCCUUGAAGAAAAGGGCCAUUUAAUUGCACCACAAGAGACGCGGUUUGCAAACGCGGCUAAUUAUGCCGCAGCUUUUGUGUACCAGAGAAAGUUAACUAGUUGAUCACAUAGGCUACGUGAACCCCUAGAGGUCGGGAGAUGUACAACCAUCCUGCCUGACGUCCCGCACAAGCUAUAAAAAUAUGGGUAGUCCGGAUCAUUCUUCAGAGUUCAUCCUGGACCGUGCACGGUGCACCGGCGUUGCAUUUCACCCCUUCCUACAAAUUGAAAAACAGAAGUCAAGCCGGCAGUCAAUGGAGACAAAAACACAAGACCUGAGCAACUUCACCCGCCCCGUCGGAUUCUACAUCAGAGGUUUCUACGCACUAAAACAUGGAGAAUACUACUUCAUGUUUCUGGCGGUUAUUUACGUCCUGACACUUGUGUCAAAUGCAAUGUUGAUGGCGGUCAUAUGGUUCGCAGAAAACCUCCACACCCCAAAGUACAUGGCCGUGUUCAGCCUGGCAGUGGUGGACGUUAGUUUCAGCACCGCUCUGAUUCCUCAAGCUGUCCAUAUGUAUGUCUUUGGUUCAAAAUUUGUGUACUACGACCCUUGCUUGGCACAAAUGUUCUUCGUCCAUUAUUUCGCAUCAAUGGAAUCGUUUGCUCUCUGCGUUUUGGCCUACGACAGGCUCAUCGCCAUUUGUUUCCCAUUACGAAGCAAUGUUUUAAAUACCAACUGUAAAAUGAUGCUGGUUAUUAUUGUGUCGUGGUCAAUACCGCUUAUCAUGGACGUGGUGAUGGUUGCCUUGAUUCCCCCUCUGGCGUACUGUAAAUCGACGAUUGUCAACAGCUUCUUCUGUGAUCACGGCCCAGUCUUUAAGAUCGCUUGCGGUGAUUAUUCUAAGAACUGGUUUAUGGCCAGUUUUACCACGGUAGCCUUGUACUUUGUUCCUUUUGGCUUCAUUGCUGUGACAUACCUGUUUAUUAUGUACGCCAUUUUGAACAUUAAAUCGUCGGAGGGUAGAUGGAAAGCGUUUAAAACGUGUUCUUCGCAUUUAAUUUUGGUUGCUAUAUUUUUCGUACCUUUUCUCGUAACUUACAUCGUGGCUUGGGUUAAUGUGAACAUUGAUACGGACACCAGAAUUCUCAACACGUCUUUGUCCGGUUCUAUCCCACCACUUUUAAACCCAAUUAUCUACUCUCUGAAAACCGAGGAGAUAUUGGAGCAAAUUAAAAAGUACCUGAGAAAUCUGAAAAGAACUUCUCCUAGCAGUUGAUGUAUUAGGCGAGCUUUUGAUUUAAGAAUCGUAUGCCUACUGGAUGUAGGCUACCAGUCACUGUAUGGUCAUUUGCUGUUUUGUAUUUGAAGGAACAGUGCAGUAGUUUUCAAAGUCACUCCCUUUAUAUGCUGGUUUUCAUUUCAACCACAAUUGCAAUCCCGGAAUUUUACAAAAUUGUGAUUGGUUAUUAAGAAGACACUUUACAUGUUUUGAGAGAGUAUAUAUCCUCUGAAGCAAGAACAUGUAUGCAAUAUAGUGAUACACACCAUAAAGAAUAAAAGCCCCAUAUUCUCAUUGUGUUACGUUGUAAACAACUGCGUAAAAAGAGGGGGGAAUUUUAACUGAUCAAAUUAAAGACUGAGACAAAUCAAUAGGCUCUUUGACAUUGAUGCUAACCAGUUGGCAGAUAAUGAAGAAUUCAACCAUUUAUGAAACGAAUAAAACACAUGCGUUCAACGGCCGAAAUUAAGCAAGAGAUUGGCAGUAAGUAAAACUAGCAUACACAAGGGUCCCCAGGGGCGAAAGAGAGAACGACUGGAAUUGCGCAAUAGUUACAUGUAUCGUUUUCCAAAAGUGAAACAUUAUUUAACGGAUUUUUUGUCAGAAAUAUAAGCCUCAAAUGUAUUUUCAUUUUUUGUCCGUUUAGUCACAAAAAUAAUCAAAUUAAUAUUUGUGUGGUUCGAUUAAAUUAUUAGUUGAACAUACUGUAAGAAAUAUAACGGCCAAGAAAAUAGGUGAAUCACCCUUUGUUUUGUUUAUUUGUUUGCCAAGAAGGAAUCCAGGAGACUUUUAAAAUGGGACUACAAACGAACCAGUUAAACUUUCGGCCCUGGAUAGGCCCAGCAGUUGUAAUUAACAUAACGGGAGAAAAAAACGCGAUUUUCAGUCUGUGAUGCUAUUUUAUGACGUACAAAAGACUCAGUGUUUCAUUCUAACUAAAAUUAGCUCAAAUACACCUUGUUGUGAUUGGGAACGCUGGAGACCCGCUGCAAACAUGAUUUCGUCGAUUAUUUUUCAAAACGUGUUUCAUGAGAUAUAUUGACCAGCAAAUUCUAGAUGUUCAGUUCAUGCAAAUGUACACAUAGUGUUCGUCAUAUUUUGGGGUGGGAAAAGAUGUCUUGGACUGCACAGGACAGUGAGAUAAAAAUAAUAAAAAUUAAAUAAUAAAAAUAAAACACAAACUACACAAAAGUAAUUGCAUAUAUUUUUUAAUCUGUCAUAUUCAUGUACAAUAAUAUAACUGAUGUGCAAUGUUUGUUGAUAUACAUAUUAAAUUUGAGAUGUUGUGCUUUAAGCAAUUUCAUAAAGUUAUCUCCUUCUGU